AUGGACAUUGUUUUGUGUACAAGGUUUAGUACUUUAAGGGCAUUUUACCCCGAUGAAUUAGGAAAAUCUACAACACACGAUUUUCAUCAAAAUGGGAAUAUUAAGAAUUAUUGCCCUAAUCAGAAAUGCAAUACUGAUCUCGAUAAAAUAAAUGCUGGAUGUUUAUGGUUGCUUGACCAAUUAUUUGUGAAAAAUAAAAAAAGUGAUAUCAAUAUUGCUGAUUACAUUAUCAUAUGGUUAAGUUAUAUGCUAAACCUAAAAAAUGAUAAUAACAUCAACAAUGUAAAUACAUUUUAUGAUGAAUAUAUAAAUAAAGGCGAAGAGUAUAAAAAGUCUACAGUUGAUUUUACGGGGUGUAAAAGUUAUAUUGAACUUAUAAAUAAAAAAAAAAAUUUGAUGACUAUUAAUAUUGAAAAUAUUUCUAAAUUUUAUGCUGCAUUUAAACCAUUAUGUAACAUGUACACUGAACUUAAUGCAAACGACACAACAGAUAAGAGCUAUUUAGAAAAUGCUAACAAAUUUGUUGAAAAAUACAAUGAACUUAAUGAGGUUUCUGAUAUUACUGAAGAUAGUCCUUAUUAUCAAGUAUUGUCUACAUUGUCAAACGAUUAUAAUAAUUUUAAAGAAUUUUGUAAUAGUAGUAACGUUGAUUGUAACGAUAUUCAAUCCCUUUCACCGAUAAAAAUAAAAGAAAAUAGUGUACAAGAUUCUGGACAAAAAUUUGAAGCUACAUCAAGUUCGUCGAUAACAAACAAAUUAAUUCCAGUUUUAUCGAUAAUUGGUAUAAUAGGAUUUCUUUUAGGAAUUUCUUAUAAGUAUUCGUUAUUUGGAUUUCGGAAACGAUUUCAAAAACAACAAAUAAGAGAAAAGCUAAAAAAAUAA